CCGCUUGCGUGAAGAAGGCCUGGCCUAAUGUAAUGUUUUCUUCCAACUCGCUGCCGAAAUCGCGCUCGAACGGCCACCGAUCGAAGGUAAAAGAAGACGAAGUCUUUAAACUGCGUCGGUGUGAAGCAAUGAAGGCGCAUAUUGAAAUAGUGUGCGGGGGUUGAGGAUCAGGAGGAGCUUUCGUUACGCGGUUACGCCUCGGGUGUCACUAGGCCCACUGACCCACAUUCGGGAGAGCUCUCGAGGAAGUGCGUGCUUGAAAUUCAGCAUUGCAGUGUUCAUUAUUCCACCGUGAUUUUUAUUCACCCCAGUGCUGGUUUGUGACCUAGUGGACGACAGGAGGCCUAAGAGUUGUCCUGCACCUAUGUGUUUAACGGUUCUCAGGUUGGCAGGUCUUUUUCACCAAUGUCUUCCCGAUGCAGCACAUUUAUUUUACCCCAGACUGAUCCAUGAGACCGCAUUAUCAUGAGCUCCAGAGACAGGGAUGAUGACAGUAUUUUUGAUGUGCUGAUGGAGGAAGAUGUGAAGGAUAAGGCGAAACGAGUUUCGAGAAAUAAGUCAGAGAAGAAAAGGCGAGACCAGUUCAAUGUCCUCAUUAAAGAACUUGGCACCAUGUUGCCCGGCAACACUCGCAAGAUGGACAAGUCCACAAUCUUGCAGAAAAGCAUUGACUACCUGCGCAAGCACAAAGAAAUUUCUGCGCAGUCUGAGUCGAGUGAGAUCAAACAGGAUUGGAAACCCUCGUUCCUUAGCAAUGAAGAGUUUACACAGCUGAUGCUAGAGGCAUUGGAUGGGUUCUUCCUAGUAAUGCUGACCGAUGGCAACAUAAUUUACAUCUCAGAAAGCGUCACCUCUCUGCUUGAGCAUCUGCCUUCAGACAUGGUAGAUCAGAACCUUUUGAACUUCCUUCCAAUGGGAGAACAUGUGGAUGUGUAUAAAGCGUUGUCCUCCCACCCCGACACUGAAAACCUCAGCUCUGAUUACCUCAAGCCCAAGAACCAGAUGGAGUUUUGUUGUCACAUGCUCAGAGGUUCUGUGGAUACCAAGAAACCUCCUGUGUACGAAUACGUCAAGUUUAUCGGCAACUUUAAGUCCCUCGCCAAUAUGCCUCAGUCAAAACGAAAUGGUCUUGAGGGAAUUUUACAACGUUCGUUGCAACCAGCCUUCGGUGAUCAAGUCUGUUUUAUUGCUACUGUGAGGCUGGCCAAACCCCAAUUCAUCAAAGAGAUGUGCACGGUGGAGGAGCCAAAUGAAGAAUUCACAUCUCGACACAGCCUGGAGUGGAAGUUUCUUCUGUUAGAUCACAGAGCACCACCAAUCAUUGGCUAUAUGCCAUUUGAGGUGUUGGGGACAUCGGGCUAUGACUAUUAUCACGUAGAUGAUCUGCAUUUACUUGCCAAAUGCCAUGAACAUUUAAUGCAGUUUGGAAAAGGGAAGUCGUGCUAUUAUCGCUUUUUGACUAAAGGGCAGCAGUGGAUUUGGCUUCAGACUAACUACUACAUCACCUAUCACCAAUGGAACUCUAGACCAGAGUUCAUUGUGUGUACACACACUGUUGUGAGCUACGCUGAGGUGCGAGCAGAUCAGAGGAGGGAGAUGGGUAUAGAGGAGUCUCCCCCUGAGCUGACUGUUGACAAUCUGUCUCAGAAUUCUGUCUCUGAAUCACAGUUGAACACCUCCAGUCUGAAGGAGGUGCUGGAGCGUUUUAGUAACAGCCAAUCUCCCUCCAACUCCUCACGAAGCUCCCGCAAAUCCUUGCACACCGCCUACUCUGACAACACCUGCACUUCCACUCCCUCUAAGCUACAAAUGGAAGUGAGCACUCCAACCCGGCCCGCCAACGUUGACAUAGCACCACAACGGCGCUCCUCGGUCAGCACCCAGUCCAUGAGUUCUCAGCACACCACUCAAAAUGGCUCUCCAGUCCAAAUGAGCCAACAGCAGCAGCAACAACAACAACAACAACCGCAACAAACCCAGCUACAGCAGCAGGUUCAGCCUAAUGCCAUGUUCUCUGCGCAGUUGAAUGCGAUGCAGCACCUGAAGGAGCAGCUGGAACAGAGGACACGGAUGAUAGAAGCAAACAUUAAUAAACAGCAGGAGGAACUGAGGCAGAUCCACGAGCAGCUGCAACGAGUGCAGGGACCAGGAGCUCAGGUGAUACUGCAGCAGUCAGGCGGUGGACUCAACAUGCAGUUGCCGCAAGUUGGUGGAGCACAAACAAGCAUUCUAGGGAUUGGAACACAGGCUGGGGUCGUAGCUAUACAGGGUCAGAGUGUGACAAGUACAGCACAAAGUGGGACUGUCACACAGCAACAAGUCCUUUCACAGCAGCAACCUUCACAUUCCCUUCAGCAAAAUCUACAGAGCUCCUCUGUUGCACAGCGUGGUCUGGUAUAUAACACCAUGAUGAUCAGCCAGCCUGCCAAUACCAAUGUUGUACAGAUACCCAGCAGCCUGGCACCAAAAAUCAAUCAGGGCAAUACAAUAAACAGGUUUCCUGCAGGGCAGCAGUUGGUCACUAAGAUAAUGACGGCUCCAAUGGCAUGUGGCACUGUCAUGGUACCCACCACAAUGUUUAUGGGUCAGGUAGUGACAGCCUACAGCCCAUUUUCACAGCAACAAGGCCAGACGCAGACCAUAGCGCUGCAGACUCAGCCCAAUGCAACACCAGAUCAGCAGGCUCAAGCUACAUCAUUACAAACAAAUCAACAGCAGGGGGCGACACCACAACAGACAAAACAGCAGCAACAGUUUUUGCAGAGCUUUCUCCAUGGCAACCAAUCUACUCAACUGAUCCUGCAGGCUUUCCCUAUUCAGCAGCAAGCCACAUUUUCUCCCUCACAACAACAACAGCAGCAGCAAACACAACAACAACAACAACAACAACAGCCUCAAUUGAAGCCACAGACUCAAAAACAGCAGAAAGCUGCCUUCACUCAUCAGACUGACAGCACUAGUGCCCAGUCUCAGUAGCAUGGAUUAACUCAAUGGCCAAUCAGAUGGAAUAGCCUGGUAACAACAUGUCUCAUAUAGGUGUUUAUUGGACAUAUGCUGUAUUGAUUGGAAACCCUCUUCCUGGCGACAUCUUGUUAUUAGGUGGAAGCUUCAGGCAGUUGCUUGGAACACCCCACCAGAUGGUCACAGUGGUGACUGUGCAGAACGUUUCACAGCACCAACAGGUGGUUGUCAAGCUCCUUAUUUAUUUCAAAAAGCAUAGAACUGCUAGCCUUGCAUGGUCUUUGCCAAACAGAAAACUUUGGUCUUUUACUGUAAACAGUCCAAGAGUCUAUUUGUACAGUCUAAUGUAUCAUACCAUGUAAAUAGGCAAACGAAAAGAAACAAGAUAUUGAAUAUUUUAUAUGCUGCAUGAAGUGUAAACUUUCAUAUGUACUUCCAGUUUUAUGAUUUCCAUUUGUAAGUAUUAUUUUGGGGUUCAAGUCUAACAUUAUGCAUAUAGUGAUGCUUUAUUCUGUUGCCCUACCGUUUGAAUAGCCUCAUUGCAUAUAGUUAGGGUGCAUCACAGUUUGUUCAGGAGGGUUUUAGAGGCAAUAAGGUCAAUUUUGCAGCUGUUAGUUUCUCCUUUUAGUUAUUUUACCCUGUCUCUGACGCAUACAAACAGAGUGCCUAGUUUCUGUUUAUUUCUGAAAUUCUUUUAGACAUUUGAUGCAAAGGAAUUGAAAUUUAUGUGACGUUUUUCCAAUUUAAGUGCCAAGAUUGAGUUACUUCUUUUAAAAAAAAAAACCUACUUCCAGGUUGUGUGAGUUGAAUGUUAAUUUGCUUUUUAGCCGAGUCAUACUCUUGUUCUAAAAAGUUGUGCUUUGCACCUUUCCCCAUUUCUUAUAGCACUUAUUGUGUUAAUACACACUAAAAAUGGCCCAUCUCUCUAGUGAUUGUGAUGUAUUGGUCUUUUGAUGUUUUUCUGUGUGCAUGGAUGUUCUGCAGGAACAUGUUCUGCAUUGUUUUUUGACAUGUCAUGAAUAAGCCUUUAAAUCCUUAUUCAUAAGUACUCCUUUCUUCCUCGUGGUUUUGGGAGCUAUGCAAGAAGCCACAUUCAAGACAAAGUAUUAUGUGUGACUGAUAGAAGUUCAGAGUACUGUGAACCUCUUUGAUACCAUUAUCAUCAGGAAAAUAAUGAUUAUGUUGUACUUGUUUCUUCCAGUUUGUCUUGGAAAGUGUGUGCGUGCAUGUGUGUGUGUGUGUGUGUGAGAGAGAGAAAGAGAGAGAGUGAGUGUGUGUGUGAAAGUGUAGGCUAUUGUAUCAAUAACUGUUUGUGAUUCUUCCAGUAUCGCUGUGUGGGUUGCUAUAUGUUCACCCCAGCGAUGACCAAUCAGUUCUUGCGUUGCAGUAACUCAACAUUUUAGAUGUCUCCCAUUUGCUUGUUAGCUAUAUACCUCAGAAAUCCAUAUUGUUGAAAAAGAUUUUAUAUAAGAAAUAUCCAAAGCAAUUUUUAUUUUCAUAUGGUAAAGGACUAAGAGUAAACAGUCUAUCUGUGUAUGGACCGGUAGCACUGUUAAAAGAGUAGAAAGGUUUAUGGAACUGAACAGAUUUUGACGUAGAACUAGUGCUGACUUAUAAACUUCCAACUGUAAAGGUGCUGAUCAAGUAGACACUAACUUUCUGCUGAUUAAUCCCAUUCUCUUUUAUAGUUGUGUUUCAUGCACUGAAAUCCCCAAGCGUGCAAGUUGUUACUUUUGAACCGAUUUGGAUCAUUGUGUGUACAAUCAUAAAAUACUUUAAUGUCCCCACAAAAACGCUGCUGACAGGUUGAAGAGAGAAUUGAUUAGGACUUUGCGUAGCAUUCCUGAAUUUUUCAACCUUCUGUAUCUUUACUUUUGAAUACUUUGUAUUUCUGUAUCCAACCUGAGGAAUGUGUUCUUUCAGAAUAGAGUGAUUGUUGUGUGUAGCCCCUGAACCUCUGAAGUUGAUUAUAUGCAUUGUUGAGCUGAUGAAAAUCAGUGAGUUAAGUGGUAAAAAAAAUUAUUCAUCAUAGAAAAUAAGACUGUAAGUAAAAACGUAUUUUUUUUAAAUAAGUAUGGUAUACUCGGCCCUCCCAGUAUCAUGUUUUAAUCCUAACAUUGUUCACUAUGUUAAUUCUGAAUUGCUGUGCACAUUAAGUAUAAAACCACCAUGUUACCACAAAGAAAUUAGGUUGACCUCAAUGUGACUAAAUUGUAAGAAUUGUUCUCUGUCAGUUUACCAAAAACUGAUCCUUUUCCCUCCAUGAUAUUCAGUCUUGAAAUAAAGCAAACAAUGUUAUUUGCAUUCUCUUAUGAGAA